UGACGUUUGUAAAAAGAAAGAGGACUUAUGUGAUUUCGAAGGCGGACACACAUGCGGAUGGCACCCAGCGACCUCUCUGGGCCCAGGAACACCUUGCUGGGAGCUCGCAGACGGACAGUACUCGCAUGGGGACCACACCACGGGCGUCUCCAAAGGCCAUGUCCUCAAAGCCACCAACACCUGGAGCAGCGACGAGAACACGGCACUCUCCAACUCCUCCUUCUACGUGUCGCUAGGGAUGUCCUGCGUUAGCUUCUGGUACUUCUCCCAACCAUCAACCUCAGUGGUGAUCGAAUUGUUUGCUGUUGGGGAGAGCCUGGACGGAGGCUUGGUACCUCCUGAGAACAUCUUCGGAAUGCCAGCGGGUAGACUGGAUGAAUGGUUUUUCGUCAGAAUUCCUGUGUCCUACAAGUUAUUCCGACUCCAGAUGAGUGCCACCUUCGCGUCCCCGGACAACACUUCUGCCGUGGUUGUCGACGACUUCAGAGUCCAACAAGGAACCUGUGGACUACCAGGCGAGUGUAACUUCAACGAGGGCGACCUCUGCGGCUGGAUUCCCUCCCGCACCGAGAAGGCAUACUGGGAGGUGAUCGCCGGGAGCGACCAUACGUACGGCGACCUUGGAGGCGGAUUGCUGGCACUGAAAGCGGAGAACCACGAACCUGGAGAUCUUGCCGUGAUAAGAAGCCCCCCGCUGGGACCCUUCACCGCUACGUCCCUGUGCAUGCAGUUGUGGGUGUCCAUGGAAGAGAUCGAAGAGGGGACGCUGCGUGUCUAUGUUGAGCCAAUAGGCGAAGAGAAAGUGCUUGUGUGGAGUCUGAGCAACUCAGUCCAGCCGGGAUGGCAGCUUGGGCGGGCGCCUCUUUACAACGUCACAACGGGCUUCUACCAAGUCGUGCUCGAGGGCGUCCUUGGUGUCAACCAGCUGGACGUCUUGAGGGUGGAUGACAUCAUGAUGUUCUAUGGCCCAUGCGGUAUUUGGCCAAAGAAAGCGACACCGGGAGCAGGAACCACGACCACAACGACCUCCCUCCCACCCAUUUCCACUACGACUCAGG